AUGUCAAAAGAUAAUAUUAUGAAAGAUUAUACUGGUUGGUUAGAGCAAGCAAUUGUCAAUGGAUUUAUAAAAUUGUAUGAAUUCUCGGAUUUACAAAAUGAAAAACAUAUAGGGAGGGGUUCGUAUGGAGAUGUUUAUCGUGUUAUUUGGAAAAAGGAUAUUUUCGCUUUGAAAUCUUUUAAAAAUCAAGAAUUCAUCAAAGAAAUAGUGGAAGAGUUGGAACUACAUUGGAAAGUUAAUUAUCAUGAAAAUAUUAUACGGUUAUAUGGAGUCACAUGUACCAAGCCCAGGUUAAUCAUUAAUAUAAUCGGCGGAACAAGAGAAAAAACAAUUAAUGGGACUCCUAUUGAAUAUUGUAAAUUAUAUAAAGAUUGUUGGAAAUAUGAACCAACCGAACGUCCAAUUAUAUAG